AUGAAUACUUUGAUCAUUGAUUGUUGUGAAGUUCAUGAUGAAGAGAACCUCUCCAUAUCAAUUGCCACUCUUGUUAAUUUAACAAUAAGAAUGAUUCCAAGUUACAAUUACAAAUUUGAGUUAUCUACCCCAAAUCUGCAGAGCUUUGAUUUUACCGACAAUCCUGUUCAGAAACUUAGCGAAAGCCGUAACAAUCUCUCUUCUAUCAAACAUGUAAAUAUUGAUGUACAAAUAAGGUUAUCCUUAGAAAAUUAUCCUUUGAUUCUACUCAAUUGGCUAACCGAACUUGCUCUUAUCGAAUCAUUGACAGUCUCUUCAAGUACUCUUGAGAUUCUCUACUUAGUUCCAGAUUUAUGGAAUAUUGAUUUCUAUUACCUACGGAAGUUGAAGUCAUUGAAAAUAAAAAAGUACGGACCUUCAUCAAUACCUCAUGGAAUAGACGACUUCUUGCUUCAAAAUGCACCGUCUGCAGAGAAAUCUAUCAUAGAUUUGUGA